AUGGGUGUAACUGUUGAAAAAGCGCAAUUGAAGCAUGAAAGCAAACUUUCCAUUGAAAUAUCUCUACUCAAUGACGAUAUGGAAGAUAGAAAAUUGAUGUGGGAUCUCAUGCUUGUCGGCUCACGGACGUCCGGAGAUUUUGAAGAAAUUCUCGAAUCGGCAGUCGUUGGACCAAUUAAACAAGGGAGACACAGAUUCAUCUUUGAUGGGAAUCAUCCCAAACUAUCCGAGAGAACACUCAACGCCGACAGAUGCACAUUGAAACUUCUAGGUUUCUAUGGGCAACAAAAGUUCGUGGAAAUCCUCUGCCCCAUUCCAAACACAUCCUAUUCGGCAGAGUCGAGAAGCGAAGAAUCUGGCGGAAAAGGAGGAAAAUCCACUGAUCUGUCUCGUAAAGUGGAAACAGACGAUUUGCGUGUAACCACUUUCCCGAUUUGUUGGACUGUCGAGGAUCCGAUUCAGGAGCCACCAGCUUGUGAGGAGGAUCGAGUUGUCGCCGAGGAGGAUUCGCUUCCGUUGAACUAUGAAUAUGAGGAAGAAGAUGAUGACGAUCACGCGCUCUUGUUCAAUCGACCAGUCGACGAUGAAUCAGCUCCACAAUUCGAAGAAGUCGCUCGUCGACUUCAAUUUGCUCGUGCAGCCUUGCGUCAGAUCCCUCACUACCCAAUAACACCACCGGAAUCGGACGAUGACGCAUAG